GACGGAGGGAGGGGAAGGAUCGCCGAAGGCAGAAGUCUCGCCGGCAGGAUGGUAGAGAAACGCGUGUCCCGCUGGUACUUCGGGGGCCUGGCCUCUUGCGGGGCGGCAUGCUGCACGCACCCGCUGGAUUUACUCAAGGUUCAUCUGCAAACUCAGCAGGAAGUGAAGAUGCGCAUGACAGGGAUGGCGCUACGUGUGAUUCGCAACGAUGGUUUUCUGGCUCUCUACAAUGGGCUCAGUGCCUCGCUUUGCCGACAAAUGACAUACUCUCUCACCCGCUUUGCCAUCUAUGAGACGGUGCGAGACAGCUUGAGCCAGGGUGCCCAGGGGCCAAUGCCCUUCUAUCAGAAGGUGCUGCUAGGUGCAGUAGGAGGAUUUACUGGUGGAUUCGUGGGGACCCCAGCUGACAUGGUGAAUGUCAGGAUGCAGAAUGACAUUAAGCAGCCGGCACAUCUGCGACGCAACUACUCCCAUGCCUUGAAUGGCCUGUACCGGGUGUUUCGUGAAGAGGGUGUGAAGAAGUUGUUCUCAGGAGGAACAAUGGCAUCCAGCAGAGGAGCCUUGGUUACCAUUGGGCAGCUCGCUUGCUAUGACCAGGCAAAGCAGUUGGUUCUUGGGACCGGUUUACUCACUGACAAUAUUUUUACACAUUUCCUGGCCAGUUUUAUAGCCGGAGGAUGUGCUACAUUCCUGUGUCAGCCCUUGGAUGUGCUAAAAACACGACUUAUGAAUUCCCAAGGCGAAUAUCGGGGUGUCAUGCACUGCGCAAUGGAGACGGCCAGGCUUGGGCCAUUGGCUUUUUAUAAGGGCCUUGUUCCUGCUGGCAUUCGCUUGGUCCCUCAUACUGUGCUCACCUUUGUCUUCCUGGAGCAACUACGCAAAUACUUUGGGAUUAAAGUAUUGACCUAAGGGAGAAAAGACCUGUUAGAGUUAAAAAAAAAAAAAAGAUGGGGAACAGGGACUACGGAGUCCCAGAAUGGCUGGGUGUUAUAUAUUUUCCCUCCUUGAGGGGCAGGUAUCCUCUUCAGUGCCAGGGCACCGUCUGACAUCUCACAGAAAGUCCUUGUUCGGCAUCUGCUCUUGGCCAGCUCUUCAAUAUGGUUUGGUGCCUGCUAGUGGAGUAGCCCACUAGGAUUUUCAGUGACCAGUCCCAAAUGCCCAUCAGCACCCAGGACCUUUUCAGUGUUGAAGGCUUGCUGAUACCACAGCAUUCCUCAUCAACCUCCAACCUCUCUGUCUCCUUGCCAUAAUAGCCAGCAUUCCAUCAGCCAUGUCUGAUUCCCCCCUUCCCCUUUGCUAACAUGCUUUCCUUUUGUGCUGUCAACAGGCAUGUGCCUCAUUCAGAACUCCACCCCACCCCCCGCUUUUCAUAGCUCUCCUAGUCUCAAGUGUAGCAGUACCCUUCCCAUCUCUGUGAGGAUUCCUCUCUCCCCAAGCGGAAGGGUGUUGGCCCUUAUGUGGGAGGGAGAUCCUUCAUCACAAAUUUGCCUCACUUCUAAAUGUUACAAUUGGCUGGAAAGGGGGUUCAGGUGGCUGCCAAGGGCAGUCGAUAGCAAUAUCAGGCAGGCAGGGACCUUGACAUAGCAGGCUCUCCAAUUAUUAUUCAAUAAUGUGGAGAGAACAAUGCUUUUCUCACUCUGUCCUGCCUGCUCCCUUUCUCUUACCUCAGUCUUCUUUUACUCUUAGAGCUGCAGUGCAGGGAACAAGUGGUCCUCUGUGUUUAUUUCCUGGGAUUGUGGCAUUGGGCAAGGGAUGUCCUCCCACAUACCCCAGUCCGUAGCCAGUCUAAUGUCACUCUUCUCCUUGAAUUGCCUCCUUAAGCUUGUUCGACCAAAGCCUUCUGAAACCAAAGGGCCUUAUACUGAUGAGAGGCGGCCUUGGAAAUUCCUGUCUAAGAAGGAACUGGUUUCCUGAAUGCAUGUAGAUCUUCCCGCAUCCUGUGAAUGGGCAGUGCAGCUGCCUAAUUAAAUUCAGAGAUGGGGGAUAAAACUGGUGAGGCCUUGUGAGGUCCUUGGAACAAUAAAAAAAAGUAGCCUAGCAGAUGGGCUCCUUCUUGUCCCUGUGGGAUAUGGGCUUCAGUGUCAAGUGAAAAGGCCACCAAUUUUUAAGAGUAAUUACAAUAUAUUUGUUUGUUGAGCUUUUAUCCUGAGCCUUUUUGCUACUACUGGAAGAGGCAUCAAAGGCUGUGGAAUCUUCCCAGAUUGCCUUGCCCUUACUGUGACAGCAUCCAGAUCCUACUGUAACACUGAUAUUUGUUUUUCUGUCUCGGAGCCUGUUUAAUGAAACAAUUUUGGGGCAUCUAUUGAUUUUGUCCUCCAUCAGCCUGUGGAAGGGCUGCUGGCCACAUUCGGUGUGCCAUUCUGGGAGGUUGAUUUUUGCCAAUUCCAAGAAUCAGAGCCAGUGAUCAGCACUUUAGGAAUCAUGAAAAUAAAGAGAUUGUGCAAAA